AUGCCAUUAGAGCACCAAAAAUGGUCGACGGAAGUUUCCGUUAGAACACAAAAUUCGCCAAACAACGAGUUGAGUUGGAUCAUGCUGAUUCCAGAUAUUUGCCCAUGGAUUAGCAACACCGCCUCCAAAGCAUUAAUUUUAAACUCUUCAAAAAAGCAGUAUCAAAUGCCUUACAAACGAAAUCGAUUUGGUUUGAUUCAAAAAAGCUGUCAACAGGCUUUAUCAGAUACUCCCAAAGUGACUGAAUCCGAGGUUGCCAACGCCAUUAAAUCGCUCGAUGUUUUUAUUGAAGCAUGCGAAUCUAGUACAGAGUAUCUUUUUUCUUGCAUGGCAUUUACAAAUCAACGAUGGGUCAAUUGGAAUGAGCAUAUUGAAACUGUUAUUUUCAAAGACACUGAAAGCACAGGCUGGGAGUUUGAAAAUCAGGACAUUCAUCGACUGCUUUUAACAUGCUCCAAGUUUUUAAAAUCAGCUACUUCAUCCAUGGAUCAGCUAUAUCAAUCAGCUAUUCAUAUUUCAUACAUUCAUAUUAUUGGUAUUUUGAUAGCCGAGUAUCCGACGUGUGCUAUUCAAAUUCUUUCCAAUUCUACUACAUGGGCUUCAUUGGUUGGCUGUUCAGAUAAACCUUCAUACUAUGACAAACGGAUUAAAAAUGCGUCUAUAGCCCAAGUUCAGUUCUAUAAAAUAUUUUCGCAGUGGUCAUUGAUUAGACUCAUGGAUCAUUUGGCCCCUACAAAAGCUUAUUCGCCCAUCGUAAAUCCGCUCGAGACAAAAAUGGAAACCGAGUUAGAACCUGUACGAGUUCAUUUUGAUUCAUCUACGCUUUUGGCAUUUUUGCUCAAGUAUCCAUCAUCUGUUUGGAUGGAACAAUGUGAAUCCGCUUCUACGAUAAUAGACUUUGAUAUUUCACAGACAUCGCAGUCAUUUUUACUACCUCCAUUUGUCCUACCCUUUAAUCAAGCCGAGCUUUGCGAUUGGUUAUCUAUACCGUUUGAAUCAAAUAAUGUGUCUAUAAAAUUGGCAACAUCUUGGCAGCUUGAUUUAACUUUGGGCGUCAUUCAAAAGUCAUUUAUACGACUCAGUGAUAAAGAUGAUAAAUUGGUUUUUUCCAAUUUACAAACUGUAUUUGAUCAAAUCCGCUUGGCCCUAUCACCUUGUUCAUCUUGGCUAUCUACCUCUACCACAAUAUUACAUUGUCAGAGCGCUGCAUCAUGCCUUUUAUUUAUCAGCAAUUUAACAAUAGACACUCUUGACUACUCUCAGCUAUGGAAGGAUGAGCUUUUCGAGGCCAUACUUGGCUGUGGAUUUGUGGAUCUUUUGUUUGAUUUACACAUGUUCUUUCCUUCUACACUCUUAUCCAUGCCAACCAUUUCAUCAGAUAUACAAUGUCAGCUUGUCUUUUUUGUGGCACGUAUACUAUCCCAGUUUACUACGUAUUCAAGUCAAGGAAGUCAGUUAUUAUCCGACAAGAUUAUUCAAUUGGUUUCUAUCAAAACCCACAUUGAUCAAUAUCAGAUCUGGCUUCAAUUUUUUAUCAACGUAUACGGAAGCGCGUUACAUCCGUUUCAAGUAUUUCACACCGAUCCUAGUUUAUUCACGGCAUUAUUCUGUACAUUUUUUUCAUGCAGCUCAGUCAAUAAUCUCAAUUGUCGCUGCACAAUGUUUGCAUUGCUUUUUACAAUCAGCAAUCGAAAUCAACAGGCAUUCGAGAGUCUGUUUUAUCAGAAUGAGGAUGUACGACUUUUUCUUUUUGGUAUGCUAUCUACAGAAGACCCCUUGGUUAUAUCUACAUCAUUAGGCAUGAUAUUCCAUAAUAUGCAAGCUUUAUGUUGCCAUCAAACUGAUAUAUGCGUGUUGAUACCUCGCCGAGAUGUUGCUGUAAAGGUGUUUGAAAGAUUAUUGACGUUUUUGUCUAUGCACACAUUUAUACCUUCUCAGCAUUGUCUUGCUGCUCUUAUAUUUGAAAAAAUCUGCACACUUUUUAAAAGCAGCCAAGCAUCUGCGAUACUCGAGUACACAAUAUCCCAAACACAUUGGAUGAAUCAUCUUGUUGAUACUAUUCUUGACAGAUACUCUGAAAACGUUGUUGAAAAGUCUUGGAAAUGUCAUGCCGAUGAUGCUAAUGAGAUAUUUGAACUGAUUAUGAAGUGCAUUCAGCAUACACUUGAAUGGAUUCCCCAUAGUCGAUUAGCUUUUUAUGCAGCCGACGGUUAUAGCAAGGUGUAUAGUAAAAUUCAGAACGUGAAUCUUAUGUCAGACAAGCUAAUGGAAAGGUUUGUAAGUAUGUUUUGUAAUUUUGGGGUAUCUUCAAAUGCGCCAGUACUUCGAGAUACAACAAGCGUUGCAAGUUUUUUGCUUCUUUAUCCUAAAUUUACUCAAAGACAUCAACACGAUGCGACAUAUCGAUUGAGAGAACUUGUACAAUCUAGUCAUGAAAACAUUACUGUUUGUCGACAAGCUGGUCUACUGACGUUUCUUCUCAAAACUGCUUUUCCCACGGCAGUUGACAAGAAUCAUGUCAAAGCAAUCGUCGAUAUUAUUAUUCAGCUGGUAUCAUAUUCCCUUAGCAUUUCUGACGCUAAAACCCUGUUUCAACAGUUGAAACAUCAUGAUACGUUUGUUUCAGCUCAAGCGCACCAUUCAGAUCAUGAAGCAGCUUCUACUGGUACUCAAGCGCCAUCGCCUAUUUUUACGCCUAUUUGCUAUCUUCCAACAAUACACGAUGAGCUACUCAAUGCCAUUACCAUCGCUGUUCAAGCUGAUUCCAUACAAGAAAACAUUGACUACUUUGCCUUUCGACAAAAACAAUCAUAUAUACAACUUCCAAUACUUACGCGAUGGCCAGAUCCCACUGGACGGGGAUACUCGGUGUAUAUCAACUUUUUAUCGUCGGCUUUUGCUACUGAUACUUUUAGUCAGAUACUUUUAUCAAUGAUGUCUCCUUUUGGGUCUGGAGAGCAGUUGAGUAUUGAAGAUCACUCACUUGUUAUUACGGUUUUUUCUCCACCGGAUCCUCCUAUUUCCACAAAGAUUGUUGCCCCAUCGGUAAUACCUGGAAAAUGGUACUCUUUGAUUGUUACACAUUCCACUGGAAUAUUCAACUUGACUACUUCUACUGUAUACAUGAAUGGUGUAAUGGUGUGGAAAGGUAACGCACCUUUUACCAAAUCUACUGAAAAUGUUCAGGGCUAUGUCGGAUCCAGUGUCACGUACAAUACCGAUGGGUCUUGUAUUUUAUCGCCGUCGUUUUCCGGUUAUAUAUCUGCUGUUGCGCUUUUCAAUUAUGUCUUGUCUUCAGAAAUCAUACAAACGCUGCAUUUUGGACCACCAGAGGAUGUGGAAAUUCAGUCGGAUGUUUAUCACUUUCAGCUUCUUUCUUCACAGCAACAGCCUCUAUUAUUUCUAACUCCGCUAUCUGUUUCUGGGACAAAUUGUCGCAACCUGUCUACUUAUGAUCAAGUAAAAUUGCAUGGCGAUGCCACACUACAUAGCGUGGCAUGUGUUUCAGUUCGUACAUUUGCAAAUGCGAUUCAGUGUCUUGGCGGUCUAAAAGUCCUUUAUCCUCUUUUUUGCCAAGUCAGUUUUCCAGUCUAUGAAUGUGAAAAAACCAUAUACUAUCAGUCAUCUCCCCAGGAACGAACCUGUUUUGUAUUUUCUUUAAUCACUACUGCGCUUUCGCAAAGUCCUUUGCUCAUGAAUCAAUUUUUUGAAUCAAAUGGUGUUCGAACAAUCUCGCUUUUGUUGCAAAAAGCGUGUUUAUCUGACCUAUCAUUUCAAAUACUUGAAGAGAUGAUCAAGAUGCGCAAGGUGUGUGCUUCUUUUUCUCAACUAGUUGCAGCGAUUGACGAAUACUUGAUUUUUGAACCUCAAAUUUGGUCGCAUAGCAGCAGUACUAUGCUUAAGACUUAUUUUGACGAAAUUCAAAAACUACUAUUGCAAUACAAUGAGCUUAACGACAAGUUUGGAUUGCGAUUCUGGUUGGAUGCGAUUGAGCAACACUACGGCUGUUUUAAAAUGACGGGCGAUGAACAUCACGCAUGGAGGUUUGCAGUCAAUCUUCUUAAACCUCCAGUAUAUUUGGAUGAUACGAGUCCAAUCAUUGAAAGUCUUUGGUGCUCUAUAUAUAAUCACGCAUCUUUGCCUUUAUAUCGGAUUUUUCUUAAUUCAGACAGCCUGCAUGGCCAGACUUUUAUAGCAAAGCUUCUUGAUUCUGUAGAUCUCGAUAUUGUAUUCAGAUUCAUGGAUAGUUCAGUUGAGAUGAUCAGAACAUUGGUAUAUGAUUGGAUUGUUUUUGUUCUUCUUUCAGACUCGAUCCAAUAUUUUCGAUUGCAAAAAGCCUUGUUGGAUAUUCAUCCAUCUGUUAUAUUUGGAAUUUCAAAAAACUAUCCAUUGACUAAGCAUCUAUACGAAUGCCUUUUAAAAUUGGCUUGCAUUUCAAUCGAUGCCAAACGAACUAGAACAAAUACAAUUGUAAUGCAAACAGUUGAAUCUACACUUGCAGUUUCAGCAGCAUGUGAAGAUCCCAAAAUCGAAUUUUCAAAAUCGGCGCCUGAGCUGUCAACAAGCAGUGCAAAGACUGGGUUUGAAGCAAGCAAUUGCUUGAUUGUAAAUUCUGGUUUUUUAAAAGUGCUUUUGGAUUUGCUGGUUUCCUGUCAAGAUGUUCGACCAGAAGUUUCUGGGCAACUUGGAGAUGAUUUAUUGACAAUCAUUUCAUUUCCCGCAAACAUUUCAACUUGUCGUCAGAUAAUGAGUCUUCCAAUUAUGAUUGCUAUUAUUAGCCGAAUAUGCAAUUCUGGAAACACCGGUUCAUUAGACGAAACAGUUUUUCAGAUGACUGUAAAAGAAACUAAAACUCCAGUAACUUUAUUAAAAGUGUUAGUUUGCCUCAUUAGCCAACCGGAUGAUUUGAGUAUUAUCCAAACGAAUCUAGUAGAAGAGUCUAUUGUCGCGUUAUGUUUGCUGCUUCCAGUUAAUUUGGCCUAUUUUAUAAUUCAAACCCUCAUUGUCAUGCUGAUUGAUAUCACUUUAAACAAACUUGAUAGCCGAUCAAUACUGUCAGAUUUAGAUAUUCAAAGUUUGUCAAGUUUUGCAAGCUUGAUUGAUCAAUUUUUGUUUCAUAAGCUGGAUAUUCUUAGUGGUUUAAAGCUGGAAUAUGGCGAUGCAAUGUAUACCUGGUCAAGUUUACUCCAACAAACCAAAACCAUAGCAACAACCUCGUCAAAAAGAGUUUCGACAACGGAUCUAGCAGUGCAUACUUCAAAUCCUUUUGACGAAUAUCCGGAUUUGGCUAAAGCAUAUUCCACAUUUAUUGCAAAACUUAUUGAAAGCAAGCAGCUUAGACCGCGAAAGGGAUACCAUUUUAUGUGGAAGGUACACAAUCUGGUAUAA